AGUUUGUUAUAUCAGGAGUACUUCUCCUGUCCUAUUCAGUGUCCUGGGUGAAUUUAAGCUUGCUCUCUCUAAUUCUCUCUUUCAGAGGACCUGAGCCCUAGGACCAUGCCUCAGGACUACCUGACAUGAUGACUCCUUGCUGUGGCUAUUUAAGACUUGAAAGUGCUAGACUACUGGCGACGGAAGCCUGCCCACCCUCCCAUCUCAGAUUCGUUUAUAUUUUUAACAGAAAGUUGUAAGAUUCGUUUUUUUUGUUCAGUUUUUGGGUGAUCCUGUUUCCAUCCCGAUUAGUAAAAUGUGCGAACGUCAAUAUAACGUUACCAUAGAAGUCUGAAUUUAACACGAUCUAGUCAGCAAACUUUGUUUCCAGGCUGACUGACCGGGUCCUAUGGAAGAGAUGUCAGGAGUAAGUGCGGUGAGCUCGGCGUUGCCUGCGGCUACAACCCGUACCACCUCAUUCAAGGGCUCCUGCCCCAGCUCGAAGUAUGUGAAGCUGAACGUGGGCGGGGCGCUCUACUACACCACCAUGCAGACCCUUACCAAGCAGGACACCAUGCUCAAGGCCAUGUUCAGCGGUAGGAUGGAGGUUCUCACAGACAGCGAAGGCUGGAUCCUUAUUGACAGGUGUGGGAAGCACUUUGGGACCAUUCUGAACUACCUGCGUGAUGGUGCUGUACCUCUGCCUGAGAUCCGGAGAGAGGUGGAAGAGCUCCUGGCAGAGGCCAAAUAUUACCUGGUGCAGGGGUUAGCUGACGAGUGCCAUGCUGCCUUACAGAACAAAGAUAUGUAUGAGCCCUUCUGUAAAGUGCCCUUGGUCACUUCAUCAAAGGAAGAACAGAGACUCAUAUCUACCUCCAACAAGCCCACAGUCAAGCUGUUAUACAACAGGAGCAACAACAAGUACUCUUACACCAGCAACUCCGAUGACAACAUGCUGAAAAACAUAGAGCUGUUUGACAAGCUCUCUCUGCGGUUCAACGGACGUGUGCUCUUCAUCAAGGACGUGAUCGGGGAUGAGAUCUGCUGCUGGUCGUUCUAUGGGCAGGGCCGUAAGAUCGCUGAGGUGUGCUGUACCUCCAUAGUCUACGCCACAGAGAAGAAGCAAACCAAGGUGGAGUUCCCAGAGGCUCGUAUCUAUGAGGAGACACUCAACAUCCUGCUGUAUGAGUCUCAGGACGGGCGUGGUCCAGACAACGCUCUACUGGAGGCUACAGGGGGCGCUGCAGGCCGAUCCCAUCACCUGGAUGAGGACGAGGAGCGGGAACUCAUCGAGAGGGUGCGACGCAUUCACAUCAAACGCCCUGAUGACCGCACCCACCACCACCAGUAACUAUACCAGCCAACCAACAUAAUCACCACCACUAACUAUACCAGCCAACCAACAUUAUCACCACCAGUAAGCCAACUAACAUUAUAGCCACCCGUAACUAUACCAGCCAACCAACAUUAUCACCACCAGUAAGCCAACCAACAUUGUCAGUAUCUGCAGUGACUAUUACUGACAGAGAACAAUCACAAUACCCACAAGUAAUCUCAUAUCCUUGACAUUGACCACAAGUGACCUCUGUGCUUCUGCAUCACAGCCACUUAUGAACUUUUGCCAGUCUCUAAUCAUGAUUAUAAACUGGGUGGUUCGAGCCCUGAAUGCUGAUUGGCUGACAGCCGUGGUAUAUCAGACCGUAUACCAUGGGUAUGACAACAUUUAUUUUUACUCUAAUUACGUUGGCAACCAGUUUAUAAUAGCAAUAAAGCACCUCAGGGGUUUGUGGUAUAUGGCCAUAUACCACACCCCCUCAUGCCUUAUUGCUUAAGUAGAGCAUGGUUUGGGUGUUAGUUUGUGUGUUGUCCCAAAUGGCUGUAUCAUUUUUUUCUAAACCCUUCAUAAGAGCUGUUCUUUUUAUCAGUGGUCAAAGAAGACUUAUUUGACCCCUGUAUUACCAUAUGUUUUGUAUAUCUCAUCUUUGUAUGAAUGUUGACAUGUCCAGUAGGAGAUCUGGUGCCUUAAAUCUGUGGUCUUGUGCCUUAAGUCUGUGGGUGUAAGUGCAGCUUACAAUCUGAUUUACUUUAUCAUGUCACUACAACAAGCUUGGAAGUUCAUGUAUUCUCACAGAGUAGCUAGUUCAGGUCAAUUGUAUUUCAGUGAUUAUAGUAAUACACUGUGUAACAAUACCUUUUCCUACCACUUCAGUUUUUAGAGAUGAUUUAUGAGAGAGAAAAGAAACCUGUACGCUGCUCUUGCUAGUGUGACUGUUCUUUAUUAAGCUUUAUAUAUUGUCCUCAAGGCCCUUUGUCAGAGCUUUUGUGAGUUUUUAAUUUGCACCCUUAUGUAGACAUUGCUCCACCAACAACCGUUCAAUGCAUCGACUGGGGUUGGAGUGAAGGACAAAUAUAUUCAUUAGCUUGAAUUGGUGAUUUGCAAACUGUAUCUCGAGGCGAAAUAAAUGUACCUAUUUAGACGAGGUGCUGGCUAGCAGAGUAGAACAUUGUCUGUCCAAACGUUGGAUAUUAGGUUAUUAAAUUAUUGCAUCUGAGCUCCUAGAGUGUGCGGCUCUCCUUUAAUUUUUCAAAUAUGCCAACUGCAUUUUAUCAUGUUUUAGAAAUUUGGUUCUUCUAUUUUCUGUAUGUUCUCAUUUCAUCCAGCAGAGGGUGUUGUGUACAAAGACACUGAAAGUGUGCUAAGUUGUUGAAGUUACCCCUAGAUGCUGAUCUUGGGUCAGUUUUGUAUUUCCCCCAAGAACGGAUAAGGGUUGGGAAGCUGACCCUAGAUAUUUGCCUAGGGGAACUUUACCCCAGAGCAAUGUUACAAUUCAGGGGUGGGUUGUAAGUGGUGUGAAUACGCCCACCUUUUAUAUUGUAGUCAUGGAUUAAGUAUUUUUUGGGGCAUCCUGAAGAACCUUUUGAGAUGCUGGAUGUGUAAUUAAAUGGAUGCUAUUGCUUCCUGUUUCAAUAAUUAUUUGAGGGCGACGUUACAAGACAACUUGUUUGGAAGACCGAUGGCAAGAGAUUAAACCAAGCACAUCCAGACAGCAAAUAAUGUCACAAUUUUUAACACUUUUACCUGGGAAAGGAUUGUCUUUUGCACUGUAUUUAACAUUUCUUACAAUAAAGAUUUUUAUGAAUACA